CCCCCCCCCCCCCGGCCCCAAAAACGCCGUGGUUGCUCAGCAGAUCCAGGAUCUGGCUCUCCGGUCAAAUGAGAAGUUGAGAGACAGCAACAGUUUCCAACAAUUCAUUGCGACUUUUGCGCCUCAUCUCCCGGGUUCUCCACCACCAGCUCGCACUCUGGCCCUCACCUCGCCUCUUCCUCCGACGGUCCUUACCACACCGUUACUCACUCCCUCCCUCCCUAAUCAAAGUGUAUAGACCUGUCAAUCACCGACCAGACCGCCAACCACGCUCUCGUUUCGUCUCGUCUAUUUGCCGCUUCUGUUCCGCAUCGCAUGCCGCCUUGACGAAGCUCCAUAUCCCACGCGCAACUGCAUGCGCACCGCGGCCACAUAAUACCUGCACACCCCUCUACCGAGUACGGAAGCACCACCUCCUUAGUCACCAUGGACGACUCAUCACCCCAGCAGCCGUCCUCUCCCGAAAGCUCAAAGUCUCCUGAACAACCACCUUCAGAGUCAACCUCGUCCUUCAUGGCUUCGCCGACAGCCUCUUCUCCGCAGUCUCCUUCCAGGCCCCCGUCGCUGGGCUCGUCAGGAAACGGCAUGACUCCUGCAAUGAACCCCUCCUCCGCUCCGCUAGGUCCUGUCAAUGCAGCCAGAAGACCUGGCCCGCUGCCUUCGCGUGCGAGCGGGCUGAACUCUGAUAUCCAGGCGAAGAUGAAGGCGUUCUCCCUAUCCCGGCAGGGUGCACCUCCCGCAAAGGCACAGGCAGGUGGAUUUACCGGUCAACAGCACGGUGCGUUUCCAGGCGGCGCCUUGACAGGAGCUCCUCCUCCUUCUCCCAGUUCUUCUGCUGCCAACCUUCGAAUACCUCCUGGUAUGCAACGACCGAAUGCGCCAAGUUUCGGCUCCUCACCCUCCCCGAUCACCGGCAGUCCUCGAAUGAUGGGCGCAAGGCCUCCCGUAGGCGGACUGGCAGCAAAACGAGGCUUGAAGCCAGGUGGCAUGAAAUUGUCAGAUGCGCACAAGCCUGCCCCUGCUGGACAGGAGGAGGACAAGACAGACACCGGCUCUCAGUUUAACAAGUACUCGAACAUCAUUGAUACAAAAAAAGGCACUCUAAAUUUCCAGAACAAAGCGGUCAUCCACGGAAGCGGCAUUGAUUUUGCUGGUGGCAGUACCUUUUCAAUUUCUCUGGACGAGGUCGACACCUUAUCAGAGCUGGGCAAGGGCAAUUAUGGGACUGUUUUCAAAGUCAGGCACGCUCGGCCCAAAAUGAGGCGCCCUGGUCUGGGAUUGCGAGGCAAUAUGGUUCGGCAAUCAUCAGCCUCCAUUCCAAGAGAUGACGAAGAGACAGAUUCACAAUCGGACACAAAAGGGACAAGCGGGCUUGUCAUGGCCAUGAAAGAAAUCCGCCUCGAGCUCGAGGACUCGAAGUUUGCCGCCAUCAUCAUGGAGUUGGACAUUCUACACCGAUGUGUAUCACCUUUCAUUAUCGAUUUCUACGGCGCGUUUUUCCAAGAAGGUUCGGUUUAUAUCUGCAUUGAAUACAUGGAUGGCGGCUCUGUGGACAAAUUAUACGGAGAUGGGGUCCCGGAAGGAGUCCUGAAGAAAAUCACCUUGUCGACGGUAAUGGGGCUCAAAUGCCUGAAGGAUGAACACAAUAUCAUCCACCGAGAUGUCAAACCCACGAAUAUACUGGUAAACACGCGUGGGCAAGUCAAGAUCUGCGAUUUUGGUGUCAGUGGCAAUCUGGUGGCUUCGAUAGCAAAAACCAAUAUCGGGUGCCAGAGCUACAUGGCCCCAGAACGCAUAUCAGGGGGCGGCAUGGCUCAAGUCGGCGCCAGCGGAGGUACCUAUAGCGUUCAAUCCGACAUCUGGUCGCUCGGUCUCACCAUCAUCGAAUGUGCACUCGGCCGAUAUCCCUAUCCCCCCGAAACCUACGACAACAUAUUCAGCCAGCUUAGUGCCAUUGUGGAUGGUGAUCCCCCAGAUCUUCCAGCUGAUGAGUACUCCGAAGCGGCCAUUGAUUUCGUACGGGGUUGCCUGAACAAAAUCCCCAGACUCCGACCAACUUACGCCAUGCUGCUCCGGCAUGCUUGGCUCGCACCACUCCUGAAGCCACCCACGAUUUCCGAGGAUGAGGAAGGUGAGCAGGCAGCCGAGGCCGGUAUCGAGUCGGCCUUCUCAAAUAGUGCGGCCCCCGACACUGCGGACAAGGAAGUCGCAGACUGGGUCAAGAGCGCACUGGAGAAGAAGAAAGCGGGCAAGUUGGCGUCGCAUAAGAAGCCUGCGUUACACGAAGCGCCGCUGGAUGCGGUUCCAGGUAGCCCUCUGCUCACUCAUGACGGGCCUAUGCCUUUUGGCGGGGAUGCAAUGGCACCUGAUGUCAAGGCAAACGUCGGAGUGAAGGUGGACUCGCGGGAUUUGUUGGCGGCAAGGGUAGAGGGUAUAGAUUUUGCUUCAUAGUUUGCCCAAGUGUCUACAGGAUGGCGAUGGUUUCAUGACCCAGAUUGGGACCGAAGAAAGUGUAACGAUAACGAUGAACGACGAAAAUGCAUCACUCUCCCAUAGAGCGGCCAAAAUUCAAGAUCCGGAAGGAAUGUCCCAUCUUUCACUGCCUG